CUGCAGUGGUGGUGCCAAGUGGCAGUUUGAAACGUUGUGCUUCCAACAGCAGAUGCUAUGCCAGGUGUAGAUACAACUGAGGUUGUUUCAGCAGUUCCCAUUUCAAAUGUGGCUUUUUCCAAUACUACUUCCGUUGAACUAACUGAAGGUGUAGUUUUAACAGAAGUGGUGCCAAGGGAAGUACUUUCUACAGAAGUAGUGCCCAGAGUAGUAGUUUCUUCAAGAGUUGUGCCAAGAGUAGUAGUUUCUGUAGAAGUGGUGCCCAGAAUACUUGUUUCUACAGAAGUGGUUCCCAGGGUAGUAGUUUCUACAGGGUAGUGUGUGUACAAGUGGUGGUACAUUCUAAGGAAUCGGUAUCGGUCAUAGUUGUUUUUUUCACACAAGUGGUGCCAGUGGUAGUGGUUUCUGCAAUAGUGGUGCCAAGUGGCAGUUUGAGACAUUGUGCUAUUAACAGCAGAUGUUAUGCCAGGCGUAGAUACAACUGAGGUUGAUGUUUCAGCAGUUCUCAUUUCAAAUGUGGAUGUUUCCAAUACUACUUGCGUUGAACUAACUGAAGGUGUAGUUUCAAUAGAAGCAAAUCCAAGGGUAGUAGUUUCUUUAGAAGUGGUGCCCGUAGUAGUAGUUUUUGCAGGAGUUGAGCCAAAGGUAGUAGUUUCUGCAGAAGUUGUGCCAAAGGUAGCAGUUUCUGCAGGAGUUGUGCCCAGAAUACUAGUUUCUACAGAAGUGGUGCCAAGGGUACUAGAUUCUGCAGAAGUGGGUUCUGCAGAAGUGGUUUCCAUGGUAGUAGUUUCUGCAGAAGUGGUGUCAACGGUAGUAGUUUCUGUAGAAGUGGUGCCAAGGGAAGUGGUUUCUGCAGAAGUGGGACCUGAAGAAGUUGCGACAAGGGUAGUAGUUUCUGCAGAAGUGGUUUCAAGGGUAGUAGUUUUUGCAGAAGUGGGUCCUGCAUAUGUGGUUUCCAGGAUAGUAGUUUCUACAGAAGUGGUGCCAAGGGUACUAGAUUCUGCAGAAGUGGUUUCCAGUUUAGUACUUUUUACAGAAGAGGAGCCCAGGGUAGUAGUUUCUACAAACGUGGUGCCAAGGGUAGUAGUUUCUGCAGAAGUGGGUACUGUAGAAGUGUCUUCCAGGGUAGUAGUUUCUACAGAAGUGGCUUCAAGGGAAGUAGUUUCUGCAUUAGUGAGUGCUGCAGAAGUUGUUUCCAGGUUUGUAGUUUCUAUAGUAGUGCCCAGAGUAGUAGUUUCUACAGACGUGGAAUCUAGGUUAGUAGUUUCUGCAGAAGUGGGUCCUGCAAAUGUGGUUUCCAGGAUAGUUUCUACAGAAGUGGUGCCAAGCGUACUAGAUUCUGCAGAAGUGGUUCCUGCAUAUGUGGUUUCCAGGAUAGUAGUUUCUACAGAAGUGGUUUCAAGAGUAGUAGUUUCUGCAGAAGUGGGUCCUGCAGAAGUGGCACCAAUUUUAGUAGUUUCUGCAAAAGUGGGUCCUGCAUAUGUGGUUUCCAGGGUAGUAGUUUCUGUAGAAGUGGUUUUCAGGGUUGUAGUUUCUAUAGAAGUAGUGCCAAGGGCAGUAGAUUCUGCAGAAGUGGUUCCUGCAUAUGUGGUUUCCAGGAUAGUAGUUUCUACAGAAGUGGUGCCAAGGGUAGUAGUUUCUGCAGAAGUGGGUCCUGCAUAUGUGGUUUCCAGGGUAGUAGUUUCUGUAGAAGUGGUUUUCAGGGUUGUAGUUUCUAUAGAAGUAGGGCCAAGGGUAGUAGAUUCUGCAGAAGUGGUGCCAAGGGUAGUAGUUACUGCAGAAAUUGUGCCCAGGGUAGUAGUUUCUGUAGAAGUGGUUUCCAGAAUAUUCGUUUCUACAGAGGUGGCGCCAAGGGUAGUCGUUUCUGUAGAAGUGGUGCCCAGAGUGUUAGACUCUACAGAAAUGCUUCCAGAGGUACUAGUUUCUGCAGAAAUGGUGCCCAGAGUGGUAGAUUCAAAAGAAGUGGUGCCAAGGGAACUAGUUUCUACAGAAGUGGAUUCAAGGGUAGUAGAUUCUGCAGAAGUGGUUUUCAGGGAUGUAGUUUCUAAAGAAGUAGUGCCAAGAGUACUAGUUUCUACAGAAGUGGUGCCAAGGGUAGUAGUUUCUGCAGAAGUGGUGCCAAGGGUAGUAGUUACUGCAGAAGUUGUGCCCAGGGUAGUAGUUUCUGUAGAAGUGGUUUCCAGAAUAUUCGUUUCUACAGAGGUGGCGCCAAGGGUAGUCGUUUCUGUAGAAGUGGUGCCCAGGGUAGUAGUUUCUACAGAAGUGGCUUCAAGGGUAGUAGUUUCUGCAGAAGUGGUGGCAAGGGCAGAGGUUUCUGCAGAAGUGGGUCCUGCAUAUGUGGUUUCCACGACAGUAGUUUCUACAGAAGUGGUGCCAAGAGUAGUAGUUUCUGCAGAAGAGGUGCCAAGGGUACUAGUUUCUGCAGAAGUGGGUUCUGUAGAAGUGGCUUCCAGGGUAGUUAUUUCUACAGAAGUGGCUUCCAGGGUAGUUAUUUCUACAGAAGUGGUGCCAAGGGUACUAGUUUCUGCAGAAGAGGUGCCAAGGGUAGUCUCUGCAGAAGUGGUGCCAAGGGUACUAGUUUCUGCAGAAGUGGUGCCCAAAGUGAUAUAUUCUACAGAGGUUGUACCAAGGGUACUAGUUUCUGCAGAGGUUAUGCCCAGGGUACUAGUUUCUACAGAUGUGGUGCCAAAGAUACUAGAUUCUGCAGAAGUGGUUCCCAGUGUAGUACUUUCUACAGAAGAGGUGUCAAGGGUAGUAGUUUCUGCAGAAGUUGUGCCCGGGGUAGUAGUUACUGCAGAAGUUGUGCCCGGGGUAGUAGUUUCUGUAGAAGUGGGUCCUGCAGAAGUGGUUCCCAGUGUAGUACUUUCUAGAGAAGAGGUGUCAAGGGUAGUAGUUUCUGCAGAAGUUGUGCCCGGGGUAGUAGUCUCUGUAGAAGUGGGUCCUGCAGAAGUGGUUUCCAGGGUACUAGUUUCUACAGAUGUCGUGCCAAGGGUACUAGUUUCCACAGAAGUGGUUCCCAGUGUAGUACUUUUUACAGAAGAGGUGCCAAGGGUAGUAGUUUCUGCAAAAGUUGUGCCCGGGGUAGUAGUUUCCACAGAUGUCGUGCCAAGGGUACUGGUUUCUACAGAAGUGGUGCCCAGAUUUGUAGAUUCUACAGAAAAAGUGCCAAGGGUAUUAGCUUCUGCAGAAGUGGGUCCUGCAGAUCUGGUUUCCAGGGUAGUAGUUUCUACAGAUGUGGUGCCAAAGGUACUAGAUUCUGCAGAAGUGUUUCCCAGUGUAGUAGUUUCUGCAGAAGUGGGUCCUGCAGAAGUGGUUCCCAUGGUACUUGUUUCUACAGAAGUGGUGCCAAGGGUAGUAGUUUCUACAGAAGUGGUGCCAAGGGUAGUAAUUUCAGCAGAAGUUGUGCCCAGGGUAGUAAUUUCUGCAGAAGUGGUGUCCAGAGUCGUAGAUUCAACAGAAGUUGUGCCAAGGGUAGCAGCGUCUGCAGAAGUGGUUCCCAGGGUUGUUUCUGCAGAACUCAAAGAAGUCAAUGGUAUAUCAAAGUAAAUUAUUGUGCUAUUCAAUGUAGUAUGUUCUGUAUGUGUGGGAGUGCUUG